GCGCGGCGGGGGCCGGCGGUGGCGGCGGCGCGGAGAGGCGAGGAGCGGAGGGAAGGAAGGAUGCUGAAGAGCUGCGGGAGGAAACUGCUCCUGUCCCUCGUGGGCUCCAUGUUCACCUGCCUCCUGGUGCUCAUGGUGGAGCCGCCGGGGAGGCCGGGGCUGGCCCGGGGGGAGGCCGGCGGGGCGCAGCGGGCUCUGCAGAGCCUGGGGGCGGCGGCGGCCGUGGCUCCUCCGGCGGCGCAGGGGCCGCCCGGGCUCCGCAGCUUCGCCGAUUAUUUCGGGCGGCUGAGCCGAGCGCGGAGGGAGCUGCCCCCCGCCCCGCCGAGCCCCCCGCGGCCGCCGGCCGAGGACAUCUCCCCCCGCGAUGUCUUCAUCGCCGUCAAAACCACCAAGAAGUUUCACAAGGCGCGGCUAGAGCUGCUGCUCGACACCUGGAUCUCCCGCAACCGCGACAUGACCUUCAUCUUCACUGACGGAGAGGAUGAGGAGCUGAAGAAGCAAGCACGAAACGUCAUCAACACCAACUGCUCGGCUGCCCACAGCCGCCAGGCCCUGUCCUGCAAGAUGGCCGUGGAGUACGACAAGUUCAUCGAGUCUGGCAGAAAGUGGUUCUGCCACGUGGAUGAUGACAACUACGUGAACGUGCGGAUGCUGGUGAAGCUGCUCUCCAGCUACCCCCACACGCAGGACAUCUACAUCGGGAAGCCCAGCCUGGACCGGCCCAUCCAGGCUACGGAGAGGAUCAGUGAGAACAAGAUGCAUCCUGUGCAUUUCUGGUUUGCCACGGGUGGAGCAGGGUUCUGUAUCAGCCGGGGGCUGGCACUGAAGAUGAGCCCUUGGGCCAGUGGGGGUCACUUCAUGAGCACUGCAGAGAAGAUCCGCCUGCCCGACGACUGCACCAUCGGCUACAUCAUCGAGUCCGUGCUGGGCGUGAAGCUCAUCCGGAGCAACCUCUUCCACUCCCACCUGGAGAACCUCCACCAGGUGCCCAAGUCGGAGAUCCACAAACAGGUGACACUGAGCUACGGCAUGUUCGAAAACAAGCGCAACUCCAUCCACAUGAAGGGAGCCUUCUCUGUUGAGGAGGACCCAUCCAGGUUCCGCUCCGUGCACUGCCUGCUGUACCCCGACACGCCGUGGUGCCCCACCAACAUGGUUUACUAGGAGGAGCGCGUGCCCUCCAACCUCGUCCCGAGUUUCCCCGGUAUCCGACGGGCGUGCGGGACCUGCGUGCGGGUGUGUCGGUCCGGCCUUGCCGCGAGGCGGACGGACGGACGGACGGACGGACGGACGUCGUUGCUGUGGUAUUGCACAGUGUGUGUGUACUGAAGGCUGCUGUGCGGCCCCUUGACCCCUCCCUGCUUGCCCGGCUGCCCGUGCCCGCUGCCUGGUCCGGCCGGGAUGGUGGAGAGGGACGGGAACUGAGCACUUAACCACUGGGUGUCCCGCGGCUGGCGGGCCCCACGCCAUGCGUGGGGAGCGGCCGCAGCGCGGGGCCCUGCCCCACCCCGGGCUUGCUUCUCCUUGGUUUUUUGUUUUUUGUUUUUUUUUCAUUUCAAAUGUUAAGUUGGUUUUUUUUUUUGGUGUGUUCUUCCCUCCUUUGCAUCUACCCUCCAACCUGCUCCCUUAACCCACCCCAUCCUCUCUCCCAGUCCCAAAAUCUCAGCAGCAAAGCUCUGGCUCCCAGGUCGGAUGAGGGGUCCCUGUGAGUUCUGCUCCCUGGCUUGGCAGGCAGAGGUGGGCAGGGGAAGCCUCUGGACAUGGCAAUGUCCAGGGUCCUGCAAAGCUGCCGGGUGCUGGACAGCCUCUCUGGAGGGAGGCAGGGGGGAGGGCUGGGCGCUGAUGUUGGUGUUAACUCCAUUUCCCAGAGCUUCCCCCGCACAGGGUGAAGUGUUGCCGGCAGCAUCGGCGGGUGAACUAUUUAUAGACUGGUGUAAAGACUUUCUAUAAAUACGGGCGUGGGAGGAGGGCUUUUCUGGAACUGCAGUGCGGUGGGCACCGUGUUUGUCCAGGGUCUCCCUCCAGUGCGGCUGGGGCAGCCCUGCAGCUCUGCAAAGGAGCACCUCGAGGUCUGGCUGGGGCUGUGUGGAUGUUCCCGGCGGGGCCAGAGCAUCCUCCAGCCUUGCCCUGGCCCUGGGCACCUGCCACAGGCAGGCAGCAUCUCCCAACCCCUCCACUGUGCUCUCCCUGAUGGAGAGGGAUUUAUCCAGGGAGGGAGAGGGGCCCAGCAUCCUCCGAGAGCUGCCUUGCUUGCCAAUACCAUCCCUCUCUCUGCCCCUGGGCCGAGCCAGAGCUGAACAUUUCCAACUUGAAGCUGAGUGAAAAUAGCCCAUAAUGGGUGUGUUGUAAAUAUGUUAUUGAGCCAGUAUUUUUUUUACUGUGCCUUUUUUUUUUUAAGAGAAAAAAAACCACAUUGAGAAAUAUGUAGAUUUUAAAAUGCUUUUUAUACAUUUUCUGUGGACCAGAAAAAGAAAAAUCCCUGACCUUUGAUAAUCUGUUUAAGAAAGAAAAAAAAAAAAAAAAUUGCGAUGCCUUGUAACUAUCACUUACCUUAAUUUAUAUGUUCCAGUAUCUGGAAUGUCACUCUGUGCUUUUUGUAACUAGGAUGUGUUUAAAGCAAUAGAUGUGGGAAGGGGAACCAGCAUGGACAGUGUGUUCUCAGGGACCUGAACCCGAUCGCUGCCACGGGGUUCCCGUGGGAGCGGUCACCAAUAAAGCGGCUUUUUUGCUGACCACAGUCACCUGG